AUGGCAGCCAGUAAACCAAAAUAUCCACUGGGCUCUCCUCAAGAGCACAUUGAAAUGUGUAAAACCCAUGAUUUACCUAUUGAUGUUAUAUGUGAGGACUGUGAUGAAUUCAUUUGUGGUAUAUGUGCCAAGACAGAUCAUAGAGAUCAUGAAUGGAGCACUCUACCCACAGCAGCAACCAAAAGGAGGAGAGGUCUACGUAAAUUUCUGAAGAAGAUCAAGAAAGAGAAUUUGCCUGGGAUUUAUGAAAAGAUGGAGAAAGUGUCAAAUAGGAUCACAAAAAAUAAAGAAAUGUGUGACUCUGAGAUUAAAAGACUUCAGAAUCAUGUUGAUGAGAUAAUGGCCAGGUUGACAAAAAUCAGAAAAAAUAAUGAACGCAGAUUAACAGAGGAUUUGGAGGAAAAAAAUAAAAAGUUGAACAGUGCGAAAUCUGAGCUAAACAAAAAGAUGAAAGAAAUAGAAGAGAUGGUAAAGUUCAUGGAGGAUAACAACAGAACCAUGUCUGAUUACGGCUUCCUUGACAACCACAAGGGAUUGUCCAAAAAGCUGAUUGACCAGGACAUUGAUUUUAACAACUUUAAUUAUUCAGCGAGAUACGAUACAGGAGAAAUUACUGUUGAGAUGAUGGAGAAUAUGAUCGGAAAAACUCAGGAUUUAAACAAUAUCAGUUUGACUGAAACAAGCUCAUUUAAAUAUGGAGAUAAAAUAAUAGCUGUAUUGAGGGCGUUGUGUGAAGAUCAGUGUUAUAUAGGAGAUAUAAAGACAACUUACAUUGAACAAGUAAACAAAAAUGGCUCUGUCUCUAAAUUCAUUGGUACAGAUCCACUGGAACCAUUAGGAAUCUGUCGGUCAGUGGACGGUGGACUACUGGUCACCUUGAGAGACAUGGAGCCAAAUCCUACCAAAUUAGAGUUAUACAGCAGACGUCUGGUGAGACACAUCACAGUGACAGGUGAUGUCACCAAUGAGCAUGAGUACCAGGAGAAUGGUCACACCAGACUGUUUACAAUGCCAGUCAGAGUCAUACAGAACAGUAACAGUGAUAUCUGUGUUGUGAACUAUAUAGGUGACAAUAUAGGUGAACUAGUGAUUUUGUCUCCUUCUGGCCGUAUGAGGUCUAUUUACCAGGGGCAGAACCUGACUGAUAACUUUAAUCCAAGAGAUGUAGCGUGCGACUCCCUCUGUAACAUCCUUGUUACUGACUUGAAGAACAAACAGAUCCACCUGCUGAGUCCUGACGGGGAGUUCUUGAAGUUCUUACUCCAGAGGAAUGAUGUGAACCAUCCAGCCAAAUUAUCUCUGUACAAGUCAACACUGUGGGUGGGAUACUUUGAAGGAGUUGUCAAAGUGUUUCAAUACACAUUGUAA